GGUUCAGUGGGAGGAAGCCAGGCUGGGUGCAGACGGCUGCUGAUUCUGGGGCUGGCCAGGAAAUCAAGGAUCGCCUCUGCCAUGGACUCACCGUCGCGGAGCCAGCACUGCCAACCCCAGCCCUGGGCCCCCUCUCCGCUGACGUCCUACCGCUGGCACCUGGGGAGCAGUGGGGAGAAGGGGGCUGGAGGCUUUCGCUGGGGUCGCCUCACCGGCUGGGGAAGAGCAUUGAGCCACCAGGAGCCCAUGGUGAGCAGCCAGCCAGCCCCUCGCUCACUAUUCCGUCGAGUGCUGUCUGCACCCCCCAAAGAGUCUCGGAGCAGUCGCCUCCGGCUCUCCAAGACCCUCUGGAGUCGGCACAAGAGCACACCACUGGAACCAGAGCCUGAGCUAGAGGCUGCAGAGCCAGAGCUGGAGCCAGAGCCACUUGUCCCACAGAUCCCUGAAGCUCCCACCCCAGAUGUGCCUGUCUGGGACAUUGGGGGCUUCACUCUGCUUGAUGGAAAGCUGAUGCACAUUAGAGCUGAGGAGGAGGGUCCUCGCCGGCCCCGGAUGGAGAGCGCUAGCUCAGAGGGCAGCAUGCAAGCAGCUAUGGGAAAUCUCAGGGAUCCAGAUCGAACCCCUGGAAAGAUGGAGCCAGAGGCUGCAGGCUCCAGCCAGGUCCACAAUGUUCGGGGGUUGCUCAAGAGGCUGAAAGAGAAGAAAAAGUCCAGAUCUGACCUGGGAUCCAGUGCCCCUCGGGAUGGACCCCCCAGCACUCUGGGCUCUAGAGAAUCACUGAUCACCCUCUCGGAGCUGGACCUGGGCGCUGAGCGGGACGUACGGGUCCGGCCACUGCACCCCAGCCUCCUGGGAGAGCCCUACUGCUUCCAGGUGACGUGGGCGGGAGGCAGCCGCUGCUUCUCUUGUCGUUCGGCUGCUGAGCGAGAUCGCUGGAUUGAGGACCUUCGUCGCCAUUUCCAGCCAAUCCAGGACAACUCAGAGCGGGAGGAGACUUGGCUGAGCGUGUGGGUGCACGAGGCGAAGGGGCUGCCCCGGCCCGCAGGGGCGCAGGGAGUGCGCGCAGAGUUAUGGCUGGACGGCUCGCUGCUGGCGCGCACCGCUCCGCGAGCCGGGCCCGGGCAGCUCUUCUGGGCCGAGCGCUUUCACUUCGAAGCGCUGCCGCCAGCCCGUCGCCUGUCGCUGCGGCUGCGCUGUGCGGACCCGGCGGGCACAGUCCUGGGCCGCGUGGCACUAGCGCUGGAGGAAGUGAGCACCCCCCGCGCGCCCCCAUCCGGCCUGGAGCGCUGGUUCUCGCUGCUUAGGGCGCCGGCGGGGGCGGCGCUGCGGGCGCGGGUGCGGGCGCGCCGCCUGCGGGUGCUGCAGUCUGAACGCUACAAGGAGCUGGCAGAGUUCCUCACCUUCCACUACGCGCGCCUCUGUGGGGCGCUGGAGCCCGCGCUGCCAGCCCAGGCCAAGGAGGAGCUGGCGGCCGCCAUGGUGAGAGUGCUACGGGCCACCGGCCGGGCGCAGGCAUUGGUGACAGACCUGGGCACUGCGGAGCUGGCGCGCUGUGGAGGCCGAGAGGCGCUGCUAUUUCGAGAAAACACAUUAGCCACCAAGGCCAUUGACGAGUACAUGAAGCUGGUGGCGCAGGAUUACCUCCAGGCAACCCUGGGGCAGGUUGUACGGCGUCUCUGUGCCUCCACUGAAGACUGUGAGGUGGACCCCAGCAAAUGCCCAGCCCCAGAGCUGCCCGCACACCAAGCCAGACUUCGGAACAGCUGUGAAGAGGUUUUUGAAACCAUCGUCCACUCCUACGAUUGGUUCCCAGCAGAGCUCAGCGCUGUGUUCUCAGGCUGGCGAGAAGCAUGCAAAGCACGAAGCUCUGAGGCACUGGGCUCUCGACUGGUGUGUGCCUCCCUCUUCCUGCGGCUCCUGUGCCCUGCCAUCCUGGCACCCAGCCUCUUUGGCCUGGCACCAGAACAUCCAGCACCAAACCCAGCCCGUACCCUCACGCUGAUUGCCAAAGUCAUCCAGAACCUCGCCAACCGUGCCCCAUUUGGUGAGAAAGAAGCCUACAUGGGCUUCAUGAAUAGCUUUCUGGAGGAUCAUGGACCAGCCAUGCAACACUUCCUGGACCAGGUGGCCAUGACUGAUGUGGAUGCCACACCUAGUGGUUACCAGGGCAGCAGCGACCUGGCCCUCCAAUUGGCUGUCCUGCAUGCCCAGCUCUGCACAAUCUUUGCUGAGCUUGACCAGGCAACCCGUGACAGCUUGGAACCACUGCCCACCAUUCUACGAGCCAUUGAGGAAGGCCGCCCAGUACCUGUGUCUGUGCCAAUGUGUCUUCCACUGCUUCCUUCCCAGGUCCACACCAGCUUCUCUGCAAGAGAGAAGCCCGGCUUCCUGGCACCUCGGGACCUGUCCAAACACACCCCUCUCAUCAAGAGCCAGUCUCUGCGCACCUUUCAAGGUGCAGGGAGCUGGGCCAGGCGGCAGGCGGAGGAGGAACAGCCCCUGCGGCGGGCCAGGCCAGUGCAACGCACGCAGAGCGUACCUGCUACCCGCCGCCGCCGCACAUCCCUGGGGCCCCAGCCGCGCCCCAAAGGCUCCAUCAGAUCUGCCCAUCAGGCCCGAAGCCGGCCCUGGACCGGGGUCUCCACCUCGCUGCCUCGGAAGCCAUCGGUGCCCUGGCAACGCCAUCUAGACCAGCCGCGGGACAAGGACCAGGUGCCAGGCACACACCGACCUAUGGGCAAGCUGGCAGAACUCCAGGGUGAAGUGGCCGCGCUGCGCAAGGAGCAGAAAGCACUGUCCCGCCUGGUGGAGUCACUGAGCACUCACAUCCGGGCCCUGACAGAGCAGCAGGAGAAGCUGAGGGGACAGCUGCAGGAGCUGGACACCAGGAUCCCAGUCGGGACCUCGGAGCUGGAUCCAGAAGUUACUUGUCCAAGUGGUGAUGGUCACAGGUUGAAAAGUCUGGAGCGCCGCCUGACUAAGAUGGAGCACUCUCAGAUCCAGCUGAAGGAUUCACUCCAGAGCCUGCAACUUCAUCUGAGGACACCAGGGUCUGGGAGCCAGUCCCUGCCCUUCCAAGUACCCUGUGUCAAUGGAGACACCCCCUGAGCAUCCCAUCCCGCCCCAUGUGCCCCAGGAGCACAGCUGUCUUGGGGGAAGGUCUGACUCUACCUUAGGCCAAGCAGGCCUAAGUCAGAGUGUGGAGCUGUGGGUGCCAACCAUUCUGGCCCUGUGAAGUUGUUCAGUAAAAUCUUGAUUU